AUGGCGGCUGUAAGCGGCCCCGCGCGGCACUCUCGCGUCUCCAUGAGUGUGUCCAUGUCGCUGAUGCAGGGCGGUACGCAGAGCGCGCCGCAGGGCGCCAUCCUGGCGGCAGCGGCGCCCUACUAUCAGACGCCGGCCAUCCCGACAGACGUGCAACCCGACCGCCCUAUCGGCUAUGGCGCCUUCGGUGUUGUAUGGGCGGUGACGGACCCUCGUGAUGGCCGGCGCGUGGCACUAAAGAAACUGCCCAAUGUAUUCCAGUCGCUCGUCUCCUCAAAACGCGUCUUCCGAGAGCUCAAGAUGCUCUGCUUCUUCAAACACGAAAACGUCUUAUCGGCGUUAGACAUCCUACAGCCGCCUAGCCUCGACUUCUUCCAGGAAAUUUACGUGAUCACAGAACUGCUACAGAGCGACCUGCACAAGAUCAUCGUGUCACCGCAACACCUGUCCGCCGACCACAUCAAAGUCUUCCUUUAUCAGAUAUUAAGAGGUCUAAAGUACCUGCAUUCAGCACGUAUUCUUCACCGAGACAUCAAACCUGGGAACUUAUUGGUGAACAGUAAUUGCGUGCUGAAGAUAUGCGACUUCGGGCUGGCGAGGGUCGAGGAGCCAGAUGCCAGCAAAAAUAUGACACAGGAAGUUGUUACACAAUAUUACAGAGCACCGGAGAUCCUGAUGGGCGCGAACCAUUACACAGCGGCGGUGGACGUCUGGUCCGUCGGCUGUAUAUUCGGGGAGCUGCUCGGCAGGAGGAUCCUGUUCCAAGCGCAGAGCCCUGUACAACAGCUGGAGUUAAUCACGGAGCUGCUGGGCACGCCGUCCCUGGAGGACAUGCGGCACGCGUGCGCGGGUGCGCGCGCUCACAUGUUGCGGCGCGCGCCGCGCCCGCCCGCGCUCGCCGCGCUCUACACGCUCUCCGUGCAGGCCACGCACGAGGCCGUGCAUCUACUCGCACAGAUGCUAGUAUUCGACCCGAUGAAGCGUAUAUCGGUGGUUGACGCCCUGGCGCACCCGUACCUGGAGGAGGGCCGGCUCCGCUACCACUCGUGCAUGUGCAAGUGCUGCUACAGCGCGCCGCCGGCCGCGCGCCACUACUCGCCCGACCUGGAGCCCGCCGCGCCGCACGCCUUCCACGACGCCUGGGAGCGCAAGCUCACCUCCGUGCACCAGGUCAAAGAGGAGAUACACAAGUUCAUAGCAGAACAGCUGCAAACGUCGAGGGUCCCGCUCUGCAUCAACCCGCAGUCCGCGGCGUUCAAGAGCUUCGCAAGCUCUAGGGCGGGUUCGAAAGCAAAAGUUUGUUCCCCUUUCAAGACGGCGGCAAAAUAUCUACUGCUAUCGCCCGUGAUAUUUCUGUGCGCUGCGUAG